GGCGAAGUGGGGAACGAUCCGUUUCGCGGCGGCCGGUGGGGGCAAGCUUGGCAGCGACAAGUGAUGGUUUACAGUUAUAGUCAGUCCGGAUCGGGCGUUCGGUCAGCCGAGACUACUUGUGCCAAGCGUUAAGCUCCACAAUCGAUUCCGAUUUGUCGAGCCGGUGUAUUAAACGCGACGUCGCUUAUACGCGCAUACACGCGCGAUCGCAUCGAAACGAGAGAGUUUGAGAGUGAAGUGUCGUCGUCAUCGUCGUCACCGUCACCGUCGUCGUCGUAGUCUGUCCACCCCUGUCGACGUUUCUCUACUUUGGCCACGCAACGAGCAUCGUUCUUAUUCAAGGAUCGUACGUUCAUUCUCGGCCUCGACGAUAUCGCUACAGUUGCACCGUGUGGCCGUGCAACUUUUUUUCAAACGAACGAGUUGAAGCUGGACCACCGAAACCCUCUGUGAAACUUGACGAAAUCGAAUCGAGCACAAUUAACGAUAGUGCCUUCCUCCGCUGGCAAUCGAAGGUAAUUUCAUCGGAUGCCCGAGAGAUCCAGCUGGGAAUCCCCGAAAGAAACUCGAAGCACGAGUUAUUGAUCAACUCUGGCCGCGAGCGACAGGCAGAAGAGGAGGAGAAGGAUUCGUUGGACGGAGGAACCUGAAUGACGGGAUGAAACUUGUGUCGGUCGAAGCGAGAAGGAAAAGUGUCGUGUGUUAAAACAAUUUGGAGCGAACAAGAAGCAAAGAGGAAAUAUUUUUUCGUGAAAGAAGAAAACGUAAUUAAAAAGAAACGGAAGAAUAAUCGAGAAUUUAUAUAAAGUGUCAAUUGGAAAGUGUCGAUUGUUCUGCGUGGAAAUAGGAAUAUAAUAGAAUUGAUAUAUUUAAGAAGAUUGGCAAACGGGAUAAUAAACGGAUUCUUCGAGUUCGUCGAAGGAGAAAGCAUCGAUUUUCAUCGAAUUCGAGUGUCGUAGAGAACGAGAGCUGGUUUCUUCCAUGGACGCGCGUCGAAGAUAAUCGAACGCACCUCAGCCAGGACCGCCGACAUCCAAGGGGGUCCAAAGCGUAACUUUCCUCAGGAUAAUGCGAAGCCUGGAGAGGUUAUCGGGUAGCGAUCAAGACUGCGAUCAGGAGAUGUAUAUCGACCUAGACGACGCUUCCGUCGAUUCGCUUACCGGAAAACGAAGUCGCCACCAUGUCGUUGGCGCGGAGGUGGGUGAGGAGAGUGACAGUAGUGGCAGCGAGAGAAGCCCGAAACAAGCGAAAAGAAGAAAUCGCGGAGGACCACCGACGACGAGAAGACGAAAAAGUGGAAUUUCUGCGCGGGAAAGGAACUUGAGGAGGCUCGAGAGCAACGAGAGAGAAAGAAUGAGAAUGCAUUCCCUAAAUGACGCUUUCGAGCAACUACGCGAAGUGAUACCACACGUAAAAAUGGAAAGGAAACUCAGCAAAAUAGAGACGCUUACGUUGGCCAAGAAUUACAUAAUGGCCCUGACAAACGUCAUAUGCGAAAUGCGUGGCGAGGAGCAACCGUAUACAUUCGUCGAUGGCGAGUGUGGCUCUAGCAGCGGCGACAGCACAGGCCAAUUAGAAUUAAGUGGCGGUGAACAACCGGAAGAAGCAUCUCCAGCAUCGAUGCACGAAACUAACAACAAUAGCCUACUUCAUGAAGAUUUAGAGCGCAGGAUACCGUAGCUGGCCCAAUUGCGUGCGAAAGUGAUCGAUCCUCGUUGACAAAUCCCAGUUCGAUGAAGCUAAACUUCGUUUCUGGUAACGAACCGUGAAGAAAAAAAGAAUCGGUCAUGAAUUUUAAAGCUUCGUAAAUUAAAAGGAGUAAAAAAAGAAAAGAGAAAUCAUAGAUAACGACAGUGACAAGAAAAGAAAAAAAGAAAAAGAAGAAAAGAAAAGAAGGCUUCAUCGAACCUAAGUAAAAGAGGAACGGGAAAGCUAAGAGAGAAUCAUCGUCGUCGAAACGGUCGUAUUAAAUAGCCACUCGAGAUUUAUCGAAGAAGAUGCAAUUCGGCUUUUACGAAAUGAUCCGUCCAAGGUCGACCUCUGGAGAUCUUUCGAAGGCCAACAAGGUGCGAGGAUGACAGAAAAAGAAAAAAAGACUGACUUCACGGCCAGUCCGGCUGCAGAAUUCUCUGCUUCUUCGUCUCUUUUUUUUCUUUUCUCUUUGUCGCGAACUUUUUCUCCUCCUUUUUCCGGUGACAUCGGCCAGUUACCUUGAAACACCUCGAUCUUUCGACCACAAGCGACACCGAUGUAAAAUGGCUGAGACUGUAUCGAUUGUCACGGAUCCGUACCAUCGUUGUACCCAUUUUCAAUGUAUUAAUCACGUGCCAAAGGUAUCCGAACAGAAACGAGGAACGAGCAAACAUCGAGAUAGUUUAGUCGGUUCGAAACGAUCGAAAGAAAUAGAAAGGGAGCGAGCUUACUACUCUCCUUGAGAUUCGCGAUUGUUUGAAAGAAGAUAAUUCGAAGGAAGAUUGGAAGAUUCGCACGAUGCUUGGCUGGAAUUUGAAGGAUUUCGAGGUCGACGCCGUAAGAUCGGAUCGCAUCGACGACGAUAAACGAUCAGAUUGCGACUCGAUGAAAAAUAAAAAGAUAUAAAGUGUGAGAAACUGUGAUAGAAUUUCGUAUUAGAACUUCGUUGCACAUCGUGCCGCGCGCGACACUGUGCUAAAUACUUUUUUGUUUCUUUGUGGUAAUCGUCUACGGGCUGCAAGUUGAAUAGAAACCGAUGGGGACGUUCGUCGGGCCGGAACGAGCCGUCUCCGGAAGAGACGAUCGAAACAGGACGACACACGACAGCCGUUGACCGCUGCAGAGCAACAACGAACGAAAAAGAUGGAAGUGACCGCGGUAAAAAGAAAUAUAUAUAUAUAUAUAUAUUGGGUUCGUUUAACGCGGUUUACGCAUCAAACGGAACGCACCGCUUCGAAAGUUAAAAUAUUUCCUUUAAAACUCGCUGUUACUAUUGCCAAAUGAUUUUGAUCGGAACGUAAUGACGUUUAAAAAUUUCGAAAUGAGAAAUUUUAAGCGAUUCUCGUGUCAAUAACCAUGCAAGUGGGUAAAUUGUUAAUAGAAAUAAAUAUGACAAGAGGAAACUGAUAUUAGUGGCAGUAACAGUAAGAGAAUUGUAACAAAAAUAAUAUACGAAAAAGCAAAGGGCUCCGUUUAAUGUCUGAAUCGAGUGGAAAGAAACGGGCGUAAAUAUAUCUGAAGACACGGACUUCGAAAAAUAACGCGUACCUUAGACAUAUACAUAUUAUAUAUAUAUUAAUAUAUACGUGUGUUGAUGUUAGCACGUUGGUGAUUGAUGCGAUGUAUAUUAAUCACGAAUGUGGUAAUAUAAUAAUUUACUGUAUUAUCUCGAGAACGGGGACCAGAGACAUCGACUUAAGUUACCAGAUCUCGCUAAAAGGCGAGAUACACACGCUUCGACUAGCUUCGUACGAUCGACAUCACGAAGUUUGCGCUUCUCUCUUCGGUAAAAGAGCGGGCGAUGCAUUUAAUCGAUAAUGUUCACGGUCGAUGCACGAAACUAGUCGCGCACGAUUUUCAUCUUUCGCUUUAAACUCGAGGAUGUUUCCUUCUCUUUUUUUUUUCUUUUAUUUUCUUUUUUUUUUUUUUUUUUUGUACUUGUCUCCUUUUCUUACUUUUUUUUUUUUACCGAUUCGAGCGCGAACAGUCGCUUCCUUUCGACGUUUUUCGUGCGAUUACUGUUCGAUUGCGCGUAAAGUGGUCGUCGUGCAUAGCUGAAUUCUAUGCGUUGAAGUUAACGAAUAGGUUUCACGACCAAGUGAAAGUAAAAUUAGCGAAGGUGAACGAAUUUAACGAGAAUCCGGAUGUUACGCGUACGUCUGAAAAUUGUGAUACUUGCCUUGCGCUGAAAUCAGCGUUUCUACCGAAAAAAGAAAAGAAGAAUUAGAAAUUUAUAGAUAGUCCUCGUGACUCGUGCAGUCUGGAUUUUUCAAAACUGCUAGAAAGUUUCAAACGUGAGCUGCGUCUUCUCAUAAAAUGACUUGAACGUUUCGUCAGUAUUCCAGUUGACCUGAUCAGAGGUCCGAAUGUCAAAUUAAAACUGCAUUCUUGGACCUGUGACGAGGUUGAAUAUAAUUCGAGUGAAACGUUGACAUUACUUCGUAUAAAAGAAAAUCAAGCUACAUACAUAUGUCUAAGAAUUUGUGUCAGUUUUAACUACUUAAUAUAUAAAUUUGUGAUGUUUCGAAUGGCCUGAAUACAUUAGAGACUUAUAGCAGUGUCAGAUAAAAAUUUCACUGUUUUUACCGUUAAAACUGUCGGAUCGUCUUCCUUUUAUUAAUGCUUGAUUCGAAAGUUUCGUAAAUAUUUCUUCCUUAACUUUCUACGAAACAUAGCUCUCCUAAUGUAAAGGAAAAGAAAACGCGACUACUCUAAUUGUUACGAUAUAGUAUGUACUUCGAUCUGUAGAUCAUAUUACGAUGCCUAAAUCAUGCACAAAAGAAUGUUAUAAAAGAGUGAUAUCGCUCUGUCGAAAUUUAAAUACAAACGAAUCUUAUA